CCAGAAGAUCCAAUGGGAUAAAUCAGAAACCAAGAGAAAGACCCUCUAGACCUGCUGACAGAUCGCAGCUUCUCUGAGAGCUCAAUUCAGUCGCACAGGGCAGAAGAAACAGAAAGGAGAGACGUAUUUGAUUUGAGGCAUUUCAUCAUGACUGAGGAGCUCAUAACACUCUUUCCCCAAAGCAACGUAAGCCAGGCUGAUGGUACUCACCAGAGUCGAGCUGUGGAAAAGACAGAGGCAUCAUAUGCUGUCCUCAAGUUCAUGGAGAGCUUCUGCCUCAUCAGCGCUGCCUGUGGGAUGGUGGGAAAUGGCAUGGUCCUAUGGUACCUUGGCUUCCGCAUCCGGAGAAACCACUUCACUGUCUACAUCCUGAACCUGGCCGCUGCCGACUUUGGGUAUCUCCUCUGCAUCGCCAUUGAGACGGUUCAGUACCUGAUGCAGUUCAACGUGGGGGUGCAGUUUGGGAUAUUCCUCUUCCUGGACCUUUUCAUGUAUGGGACCGGCUUGUAUCUCCUGACCGCCAUCAGCAUUGAGAGGUGCCUGUCUGUCCUUUGUCCAAUCUGGUGCCGAAGCCACCGCCCAAAGCACUUGUCCGGCAUCAUCUCUGGCCUGCUCUGGGUUCUCUCCCUGAUGCUGAACACGCUCGGCUAUGUUUUGUGUACCAUUCGCCCCUCUGCCAGUACCUGCCGGCUUCUGCUCAUCACCAUCGGGGCCUUGGACUUCCUCUUCUGCACGCCCCUCAUGCUGCUCUUCAGCCUGACCCUCUUCCUUAGAGUCAAGUGCAGCUCCCAACACUUCCGAACAGGCAGGCUCUUCACCGUCAUCAUGCUCACCGUCCUCUUCUUCCUCAUUUUUGCUGUGCCUCUGAGCGUCCUGAUCCUCUUUGACUUCUUGGGCUACAAAUUCCUCUACUCCCCCGAGAUUGGCUUUGUGCUGUCCUGCGUGAAUAGCACUCUCAACCCUGUCAUUUACUUCCUUGUGGGGAGCUACAGGGAUCGGCGAAUCAAGUUCACCCUCAGGCUGGCAUUCCAGAGGGCUUUUGAAGAUUCAGCAGAUGACAAAGAUGAACGGGAAACCCGUGACACAAAAACUAUGUCCUCUGAAAUUUCUCCUUUUCCCAAUCACCUUUUGAAAUAGAACGAAAAGGAAAAAGAGAGGAAGAACAUUAAGAUUCCUUUCAACCAUUGAGCCCUAGAUCCCAGGAGUGGGAAAAGUGAAUACAUGAGUAAUUUAGGGCUAUACCAAGCCAUGUUGCAGCCCCAUAUAUUAACUCCAAAUUCAAAUGCA